AUGAAAGCAGACGCGAAACAAAUAACACAUCUACUCAAACCUCUUCGACUUUUAUUAUUGGGGGCUCCAGGGUCAGGUAAAGGGACACAGACUUCGAGAUUACUAAAGCAAAUUCCACAAUUAUCUUCAAUUUCGUCAGGCGACAUUUUACGUCAGGAAAUAAAAUCUGAAUCUACCCUAGGCCGAGAGGCUACUACCUACAUUGCUCAAGGCAAGUUAUUACCGGAUGAUCUCAUAACGCGUCUGAUAACUUUUCGUCUUUCGGCAUUGGGUUGGUUAAAACCAUCUGCCAUGUGGUUGCUCGAUGGAUUUCCUCGAACUACUGCGCAAGCUUCUGCCUUAGACGAGCUGCUGAAACAGCAUGACGCCAGCUUGAAUCUAGUGGUAGAGCUAGAUGUACCCGAAUCCACCAUAUUAGAAAGGAUCGAGAACAGAUAUGUUCACGUUCCUAGUGGGAGAGUGUAUAACUUACAAUAUAAUCCUCCCAAAGUGCCAGGAUUAGACGAUAUCACCGGAGAACCAUUGACCAAGAGGCUUGAUGACACAGCGGAAGUGUUUAAAAAAAGGCUAGAAGAGUACAAGAAAACAAAUGAGCCUUUAAAAGAUUAUUACAAAAAAAGUGGGAUUUUUGGUACCGUCUCUGGGGAAACAUCAGAUAUUAUCUUCCGAAAUUAUUGA